CAGAGGGGCAAGUCUGUGUCAUAGGUCCAGCAGCGAUAGCAUUAAUUUCUCGUCGAAGAACUUUAAAAUUCUGAUUCUGAACAUCAACUCCACGCAGAUAACACCCAAUUGCCAUCUUACAAACAUGUCCUCCAACAAGAUCUGGCUGCGUGCCGAAACUAAGCCCGCCGAGGCUCGGUCUGCCUUGACACCGACUACCUGCAAGGCUCUUAUGGAUGCUGGAUAUGAAGUGACUGUCGAGCGUUCCACCCAGCGGAUUUUUGAUGACGAAGAUUUUGCCAAGAUUGGCGCACCGCUGGUGGAGGAAGGUUCUUGGGUGAAGGAUGCCCCCAAGGAUGCCUACAUUCUGGGUCUCAAGGAGCUCCCUGAGGAUGAUUUCCCCCUCGAGCACGUUCACAUCUCCUUUGCACACUGCUACAAGCAGCAGGGUGGCUGGGAGCAGGUCCUCAGCCGCUGGCCCCGGGGAGGUGGUACUCUCUUGGAUCUUGAAUUCCUCACCGAUGAUGUUGGUCGGAGAGUCGCUGCUUUCGGUUGGUCCGCCGGCUAUGCAGGUUCCGCUUUGGCUGUUAAGAACUGGGCUUGGCAGUUGACGCACCCUGAGGGCGAGCCUUUGCCUGGUGAGGUUCCGUACAUCAACCAGGAUGCCCUGAUCGAGUCGGUCAAGAAGUCCCUUGAGGAGGGUAAGAAGCAGUCUGGCCGCUCUCCCAAGAUUCUUGUCAUUGGCGCUCUCGGCCGUUGUGGCAGUGGUGCUGUGCAGCUCGCCAAGGACGUGGGUAUUCCAGACUCCGACAUCGUUCGGUGGGAUAUCGAGGAAACCAAGAAGGGCGGCCCCUUCCGGGAAAUCGUUGAGGAUGUCGAUAUUCUCGUCAACUGCAUUUACCUCAGCGCACAGAUCCCACCUUUCGUUACUCCAGAGACUCUUACUUCGCCGAACCGCCGCUUGUCGGUCAUCUGCGAUGUGAGCGCUGAUACUACCAACCCCCACAACCCUCUCCCCGUGUAUUCUAUCACUACUACCUUUGACAAGCCUACCGUUCCCGUCACCUUGGCAGGCGGAAGCCAGGUCGCUGGCCUAAGUGUGAUCAGCAUCGAUCACCUUCCGUCUCUUCUGCCUCGUGAGAGCUCGGAGAUGUUCAGCCAAGCCUUGCUCCCUAGCUUGCUCCAGCUGAAUGACCGGCAAAACGCCCGCGUCUGGAAGCAGGCCGAGGAUCUUUUCAAUGAAAAGGUCGCUACUCUGCCCGAGUCCCUGCGGGCCUAAAUGAUGCACUUCUUCAAAAUCAGGCUGGCUUCUGAAAAAAGGAUUAUUGCGUGUAUUAUGGGUACCGAUUGAUACGAUGCUUCCUGAAAAUCUCGAUGGUUUAUGGAUGUUAGCAUGUUAUGAUAUGAGACUAUUGACUAGAAUAGAGGCAACAAAAAGUGUUGUUAAAGUAAUAUCAUGCAUUAUGGAGUAAGCUCCCAC